AUGGCGAGCAACGGCACCCAGUCGUUUCCGCUGCCCUAUGAAGAGAUUGAGCGCCUCGUCAAGUCGCUGUAUGAGCCUGGCCAGGCCAAGAAAAUCUCUGAAACCGAAGCCACUUUGCGCGUGCUCCAGCGCUCGCCUCAGGGGUGGGAGAUUGCAAAUGCUCUGCUCAAGAGCGACGACGAGCAAGUCCGCUUCUUUGGCGCCCUCACCCUCACGGUCAAGCUCAACGCCGACUCGGCCGAGUUGAGCGAGCAAGAUUCCGAGCAAUUGCUGUCAACACUCAUCCAUCACCUCGUUUCACGCCCUACUACGUCCAUUGCCACUCGCAAGAUUAGCUCCACCCUCGCCCAGUACUUCACCAAGCCCAUCUCGGUAUGGACUCGGUGCAUUCGGAGCCUGGCCGCUUCUUUUGCCGCCCAGCGACCAGUCUUGGAUGCGGCCCUGAGCGAGCACCCCUCAACAUGGGACCUCCUGCCCCAAUUCUCCGACGAGCAGCUCCUGGUCAUGCUGGACUUUGUCAUGAGCUUGGCCGACGAAUCCAAGAAGCCAUCCAAUGUACCAGGCCGAAAACCACACGACCGCAUGGCGGCAAAUGUCGAGAGUGUCGAGAUCCUCCUCCAUGUGUCUUUUAGUCGUGGUAUCAAAUGGCUGUCGACGUCGAUUGAUGAUCCAAACUACACCGAUUCCGUGCAGCAGGGAGAGAAGAUCUGCAUAGCGGCCCUAAAGUGUUUUACAGGUUGGAUCUUCUAUGCCCAGUCAGAGUUCAAAGACAGUCCCGAGAACCUUCAACAUCUCCGGUCUGUCAAUGAGCUCGCUCUGUCCUGCCUCGAAUACCAUGUUGAGGAUGCUAUGGAACUGGUAGCCGAGAUCCUAGAAAACUACCCUACAUUUUUCGAAGCAAAGCACCAAGAGAUGCUGUGGUCGGCCAUCUCCGGCCCAUGGGGUCUGGAGAUUUUGAAGAACUCGGAUGCCGAAACCAUUUCGCUCGCAAGAAUUAUUGUGGCCUACGGACAGAUUCUACUCGAGUCCAAGGUCAUUUACACACAGCCCGAAAAUGCACACUACCAGCAGGUCAUGUCGUUUCUGCAUGACCUUCUCAAGUUUCCCGAACCUGUGGGUGCAGAAGACGAGGUCGCCCCCGUGGUGCUUGACUUCUGGAGUAGCUUUGUCAGCGCCAUCUCCGAAGAAACAUUUUUGUAUCCCGCAGGGGAGGCAGUGCCAGAAUGGAUGGGUACCGCCAAGGCCAACGUCCUUCAAGCCAUUUCCGAGCUCGUCCAGAAAAUCAUCUAUCCGCCUGCCGACGUCACCGAAUCCUGGGAUUCCGAUGCCAAGAAGACAUUCAAGGUGUUCCGUAUCGAUGUGCGCGAUAUCAUCAUGGACGCGUAUGACCCCCUCCGGGACGUAUUAACUGAUCAAUUCGUCGAUUUUGCACUGCAUGGGCUGAGCGCGGGGAAAUGGCUGUAUCUUGAAACUGGGCUGUUUGGGCUCAUUGCUAUUGCUGAUGCAUUGAACCGAAUCUCAGAUGAGCGUCUGCUUCGGCUCUUUGAGCAACCUUUAUUCUCGACAAUAUCCAGCAGCCCUGAUGUACCUGCGAUAACCCGGAGGACGGCGGUUGAGCUCGUUGCUGCUCUAAACCACUUCUUCCUCCGACACUCACAGUUCCUCCCUCAGGUUCUCCCCUUUCUCCUUACUGCACUGGCUCAACCGGCAAUUGCCCAUGGUGCCGCAAAGUCUUUUGCUUCGCUUUGUUCCGAAUGCCGCAAAUCUCUGACAGGAGAGCUGACCUCAUUUUUCCAAAUGUACGAGCAGUUCAUCACCUACGCAACAGCUGAAGAGUUCACCAAGAGCAUGGUUUUGAAAGGCAUCGCCGCCAUUGUGCAAGCUCAGGACACAGAAGACAAGCAGCUGGAAGGCGUACGCCAUCUUUUCCAGUACAUUACCCGCGACGCCAUGCAAGCAAUCCACAUUACCAAAGAAGGAGGGGAUCCAGAGCAAGGCCAAGUACUUGCACUGACGACACUAAAAUGUCUGGCAAACAUUGGAAAGGCUAUGCAAGCCUCAGACGAGGAAGUGGUAGAUCUGGAAUCUGACAAAGCGCCUUCCACGUUCUGGUUGCAAGGGCCCGGCAAGGAAAUACAAAACCAAAUCAUUAAUCUUGUCAACUACAUGACACAGGUAUUCUCCAGUAAUGACGAAAUCAUCGAAGCUGCGUGCAACGUUCUGCGCACCGGCUUCAAAGAGGCGAUAUCAGGACCCUUUGUCUUACCCCUCUCUGCAGCAAUCGAUUUCAUCACCAAGACGACUGUGCAAACUCCCAGACUGCCAUUUGUGCUAGAAACCGCAUGUUGCUGGAUAUCAUCUCAUAAGCACAAACAACCCGAGGGCUUUCAGCAACAGGCACAGCGUUUGCUUCAGCACAAUCUCAGCAUCAUGCAAGCACUUCAGCACCCAAGGAACGAUCCGGAAAUCGCCGUUGGCUGCAUUGAGCUCAUUCAAAACUUCAUCAACGCCGACCCGCGCAUCAUGACACAAGAGUCUCCCGGGAAUUUGUCGGGAAUGUUUGGCUUCACGGUUGAAUCGAUCAAGUCCCCUGAAGUAUUGCCAAAGCGCGCCGCCGCCAAGCUGUGGAAAGACAUCUUCGAGCUCGCAGGCAAUACACAUAGCCCGCACCAUGUCACGACGCAGGAGAUUGUGGCCCACUUUGGUCCUUCUGUCUGUCUCGCACUCAUCUCCAAUGUGUGUGGAGAGGUAGACUUUACCAGCCUGGAACACAUUGUCGCACCUCUCCGUGCUUUGAUGAGGGCCGAUAAGAACGCAAGGGCUUACAUCACAAAUUCGCUGGCAGAGCAGCCACUUCUGCAGCGCUUCCAAGAAGACCAGGGCGUUCAAGACAUGGUACGAAAGCUCAUUGAGAGCAUGUCUAGAAAUGCGAAGAACAGUGUAGCUUUCAAGGACACCAUAAAGGCCUUCUGGCAAAGUUGCAAACAACUGCAAAUGCAGCUCCAGCCACAGACGAUGAACCCAGCGCAUCGCUUCACUCAUGGUUAUCCUCACCCACCCGCGUACUGA